CUACAGACAGUCCGUUCAGCAGAGCAAACCACACAGGAAGGAGUGCAGCUACCAGCACGAUCUGCACUUGUGUUUAUAUUUUUAUUUUUUUUUUAACCGAUGUGACUACAGGAGUGUGAGAGAAGCUGCUGUGACCGACUCAGCUGCGGGUAGGCACAGUUGGUGUUCAUCUGGAACAUAUAUACAGCCGGACAUGGAUUACUGGUGCCCGUCUUCACCGCUUUGGAUUUAGUUAAGACAUAGCACAGCCCUUCGCCUCCUUUCGUCUCCUCCCUGGGUGAAGUGAGUGCGUCAAGAACAGGUGGAUCCUGUUCCUGUGUUCAGCUUUGUCCCCCCUUCAUCCACCUGUCACCUUUAUGGGGAACCAGGUGGAGAAACUUACGCAUUUAAAUUACGCAGAGGUGCCAACGUCGGACCCAAAUGGAUUCGACCCGGACGACGACGGACCGCGGAUUGGCGUCUCUUAUAUCUUCUCUAACGACGACGACGACGACCAGGACGACAAUUUGGACCACUUUUCAUCUGACACCCGCACGCUAAACCAUGAAGAGAAGCCAUUCGACCCCCAGGACGAGCUGGAGUGCGCGAUUUACUACAGAGAGGAGUGUGUCUAUGAGAGAAACACCGGAGCCGCGACACACACUGCGGAAAGUCUCCUGAACAAGUGUAGACCAGGAGACCUGCUGGAGUUUGUAGCCACUGGACAGUAUCCACACUGGGCUGUGUACGUCGGGGACUUCCAGGUGGUUCAUUUGCACCGGGCUGAGAUAAAGAACAACUUUCUUACCGAUGUGAGCCAGGGCAAAAAAGGCAGGAUAGUGAACGGGCUCUAUAGGUACCGUGCGCUCCCGCCGGAGGUGAUUCUGCGCAACGCUCUGGACCAUGUGGGGUCGAGAGACCAAGAGCUGCACUGGAGAAACUCGGAGUGUUUUGCCGCCUGGUGCCGCUUUGGAAAAAGGGAGUUCAAAAUCGGAGGGGAGAUAAGGAUUGGAAAGCAGCCAUACAGGUUAAAAUUACUCUUUUCGGAGAAGAAGAAUCACGUUCUGGAGUUUCAGAGUCUGGAGGACGUGAUCAUGGAAAAGAGGAGGAACGAUCAGAUUGGCAAAGAUGCCGUGAUGCAAGAGCUGGCCAACCACCUCAACACCACACAUGAAAUCAAAGAGGAGCAUUUUGUCAACUGAUGGCUGAUGAUCUGGUCGUCUGGUGAGAAUUUGAUCCUCAGUGGAAAAUCCACAGUUUCAUGCUCACAAACGGAGCACGUGUGUUGGGGAGAGGGAACAUUUAUGCCUCCAAUUAGCCAACUCAGAGCUCGUCAGUCCAUGAGCCUGUGUGCAUGUGCCACACCGCAAACAAAUGUCCAUCUUCAGAGGGAGUUAAAAUUCAGUUUUAUGUCUCCAAAGUGAGAGGAAAAGCUCUGACAUCUGGGGUGACACUUGUUCCUUUAUAAAGUGCAUUAAUGAAGCAUAUCACAAGGGUCCAAACAUCAUUUUCAACAAGUUGAUUUGCAUUGAGAAAAAAAGUGAAAAUUACACACCCCGCUGGCAGAUAUCCUUCCUCUUUCUAAGAAAAAUGAGAUUUUACACACUCAGCCCAAGAUUAAGUGACUUGUAAUGAUGGAUACAUUUGCAUCGGAGCUGCACCUGCAGUCUAAUCAUUUGGGGGAUGAAGUCUGAAUUAAAUUGCCCAUAAUUAUCUUUCUAAUCCAAUGAUUCUUUGCACAGAGGAGCAAAACCUCUCCAAUGUACUUAUACCUGACGAGAGUGCUGAAAUCGCUUGCUCUUGUACAACUCAGGUGUUGGAGACCAAUACAGAGUGGAAGAGACACAACUACAGCUUUUUCUUAAUGUGUGUCAACCUCAAGGAUUCCCUUCUGUUGCUUGAUAUCUAAUCAUCACACAGCUUUACCCACUCUUUGACUGUUUUGUGGACACGGCUCAUAGCUAUGACUGUGCACUUUUAUUGAUUCAUCCCUUUCAACAGUUUAUUUUUUUGGAAAAAAAAAGAUGUUUGUAUGAAGGAAUAUGGAAAUAAAUCUAUAUUUGAACA